CCUCAUAUAAGCCUUAAACACAAACACACACAGGGAUGGGGCUCUAAGAAACAAAGAGAGAGAGAGUGAGAAGGAGAGUAUGACAUUGAAGAAUUAGCCCUAGACUGUUUGAAAGAGGAUGUGUAAUGUUUGUGGUCAAUUCGUGGGAUGUACUUUUGUUAUUCACUUCUGAAAAGGAGCAACAUUCUGGAAUAUAGAACAACUACCCAAGGAGAUCAGCAGGUGGAGCGGUAUGGAUGCCCACUCUCCAGAGAACCUGUACCCAUACACCGUGUCCAGACCCAUCUACUCCAACCCCACGUUUGAGGAGGACAACGAGAGGCAGGCCCGGGAGGAGAGGACCCUGAGGGAGAGACUCAGCCGCACCUGUGGCUGCUCAGGUAGGCAGGCCCUGAAGGUUGUGAAAGGAGUCUUUCCUGUCAUUGACUGGCUCUCCAGAUACCCAAUAAGAGAGUGGCUUCCCAGCGAUGCAAUCUCUGGUGUUAGCACUGGUCUGGUGUGCAGCUUACAAGGCCUGGCCUAUGCCCUGCUUGUGUCCGUGGCUCCAGUCUAUGGACUCUACUCUGCCUUCUUCCCCAUCCUCACCUACUUCCUGCUGGGCACCUCCAGACACAUCUCUGUAGGUCCGUUCCCUGUGACCUGUCUCAUGGUGGGCUCCAUCGUGUUGACCCUCGCCCCCGAUGACCACUUCCUGCUUCCUGGGAAUGGCACCGGUGUGAAUGGAACAGAGGCUGAUGGGAUUGUGGUGGACGUGGAGGCCAUGGAGGCCCAGAGGAUCAUGGUGGCGUCCUCCAUGACUGUGCUGGUCGGGCUGUUCCAGGUGGUAAUGGGGCUGCUCCAGGUGGGCUUCUUGGUCCGUUACCUGUCAGACCCCCUGGUGGGCGGCUUCACCACGGCCGCUGCCUUCCACGUCCUCAUCUCCCAGCUGAAGAUAGUCCUCUCCGUCCCCACUAACAACCACAGCGGCUGCUUCUCCAUCCUCUACACGCUCAUCGACGUGUUUACCAACAUCAGACAGACCAACAGAGCUGACCUGGUGGCCGGGCUGCUCACCAUUGUCAUCGUCAUGGCCGUAAAAGAGGUCAACUCCAAAUUCCGGCACAAGAUUCCUGUCCCCAUCCCCAUUGAAGUGAUUGUGACUGUGGUUGCCGCUGGGAUCUCCUACGCCACCGAGCUGGAGUCGCGCUACGGUGCCAGCAUUGUGCACAGCAUCCCCAGGGGGUUUGCUCCAGCUCAGCCUCCCAACACAGAGCUGCUGUGGAACAUUCUGGGCUCCAGUUUCUCUACAGCAGUAGUGGGCUAUGCAGUAGCUGUCUCUGUGGCCAAGGUCUACGCUGCAAAACACGACUACACCAUCGAUGGCAAUCAGGAGCUGAUAGCGUUCGGGUUCAGCAAUGUGUUCUGUGGCUGCUUCUCCGGCUUUGUGGCAAGCACUGCACUGUCCCGCACCGCUGUACAGGAGAGCACCGGCGGCAAGAGUCAGGUGGCUGGUAUAAUCUCAGCUGUGAUGGUAAUGAUUGUGAUCCUGGCUCUCGGGAACCUCUUGGAACCCCUGCAGAAGUCAGUGCUGGCAGCCAUCGUCAUCGCCAACCUGAAGGGAAUGUUCAUGCAGGUGACAGAGGUGCCCACACUGUGGAGACAGAACAGAGCAGACUGUUUCAUCUGGCUGGCGACCUGCCUGGCUUCUGUGGUGUUGGGACUAGACGUGGGACUGCUGGCUGGCCUGGUGUUUGAGAUGGGAACUGUCGUGGUCCGGACACAGUUUCCUGCAUGCUCUACACUUGGAAACAUACCCGGCACAAACAUAUACAGGAACAUGAAAGACUACAAGAAUAUUGCAGAAGUUCCGGGAAUUAAGAUUUUUAAGUGCAAUGCUCCCAUCUACUUUGCCAACAUUGACUACUUCAAAGAGCGAUUGAGAGUCACGGUGGGGUUUGACUCUGUCAGAGUGUUCAAGAAGAGGAAUAAGGCCCUCAAGAAGAUUCACAAACUCAUAAAGAAAGGGAAACUGAGGGCGACAGAGGUCUCCCUGGGUGUCGACAACAAGGGCUUCGAGAGCGAGCAGGACAGUGGUCGGGAGUCCGGACAGGUGGAGGACGGGGAUUGGCCUGUGCCAGAGGUGGAGGUCCGUGUGGAUUGGGCCUUGGAGCUACCAGUCAGGGUAUCGGUACCUAAGGUCCAGAUCCACAGCCUGGUACUGGACUUCUCAGCCGUGUCCUUCCUAGACGUGGGGGCAGUCAAGUCCCUCAGACUGGUCAUUAAAGAGUUCCUACGCAUCGGAGUCCAUGUCUACAUUGCAGGCUGUGACGAUGAAAUUGUAUGGAAAAUGGAAGCCUUGUCCUUCUUCGAUGAGGAGGUGACACGAGAUCUCCUCUUUCUCUCUGUCCAUGAUGCCAUCCUCUUCAUCAAACUGGAGACAGCCAAUGGGAGCAUGCAGGAUGCCAUGGUUGAGGGGCUUUCUCUAAUGCAGGAUUGCAAGGAGCCACCGCCUUUCACUGAGGAAGAGGACCUAAUUGAGACCUAUGACAACCAGCAUAGAGCAAUCCAUGGACUAUCCAACUAACACAGAAACGCAGAAGAGCUGACCCUGUAUCUAUGUUCUCUAUGAACAGAGGAUCAACCAGUAUAAGUUAUUUUCCAUAAGGGACCAAAUCAGGGGACACUGACGAUGGAUUUUCCCCAGACUACAGCUCAAACUCAGGGGAAGCUGCUCUUCGCCAACUGAGUAUAACUUUGGACUUUGGAGUGGACUAAGAGGGUGAUUUGAGGCAGCCGGUCAUUGAUAUCUCUCUUUAACAACAGUAAAGUGUCUUAAUUAGAUCAAUGAAUAAUAAACUGAUUUAUAUUAUUGUAACCUC